UCUUCGCUCUCUCUCUCUCUCUCUCUCUCUCUCUAUGUUCCCUAAAUUCCUAACCCCAGCUUUCUCUCUUCUCUCUCUAAUGGACACGGCGCGGGAGGGGAAGCCCCACGACGCCGUUUCGGGGGAAGGAUUAGGCGCCGGAGGCAAGUUCCGGAAGCGGCCGUUCCGGCGGGGCGCCAAAACCUCGCCGUACAACCGUCCGCCGACGGCUCUCAGAGUCAGAAGCAGAUCCACUGCCUUCAGCAGUAGCAGCCUCUCUGUCUCCACUGGAGCAGCACCUUCAUUUUCAGCAACAGCAAAUUUUAAAUUUGGAUGUACAGUUUCAUCAACUUCAGCAUCACCGGUAGCUGCUACUUCUGGAAUAGAAUCAGAAGCAGUCAAGACUAGGCCAUAUACAGGCUUUGGCAAUCUCAGCAGCAAUCCUUUUGUUGGCACAUCUGCUGCAAAUGCAAGUACAGGAAGGAGCAAUUUUGGAUUUGGUGCUGCAGUCACUUCAACUGCUAACGAUCAGUCUCAGGGUUCUCUUUUUGGUGCUGGCAGUGGAUCUGUGCUUAAUUCACAGGCAUCUUUUAGCAACAGCAUGCCCAUGCAUUUCAGUUCGACUUCAUCGUCCCAAUCUUUUGGAUUGGCUAGGAAUACGGCUUUCUCUUCUGGCAGUUCUCUGUUUGCUGCCUCAACUUCUGCUGCGAAACUUUUCAAUUCAGGUGCUGCUUUUAGGCUUAGCUCUUCUGCUUCCUCUUCUGAGGCCAACACCAGUAGUGCCAUAGGUGGUGCUACUUCAAGCUUGUUUGGUUCCGGUUGGCAGUCUACAAAGUCGAACCCAAUAUUUGUUUCGGCUUUUAAUUCUACCUCUUCCUCAGCUGGGUUGUCCUCAGCAUCUACAGCGUCUGUUCCUGCUACUACGUCACCAUCAACUGGGUUUCCCUUCACAGCAUCUACAGCUGCUGCUAAUGCUACAUCUCCGCCAUCUGUGUUUGCAUUUGGAGCGUCUGCACCUUCUGUUGCCGCUACUAGCAGUUCACCUGGUAUAUUUGGAUCAUCUAUUGGGGCGUCAUCUGGUCCCGCCUACUUGUUCACUUCAGGUAUGGCUGCUCCCUCGUCGCAGCCUGUCUUUGGUAACCUUAGUCCGGGCUUCGCAUUUAAUUCAGCUGCUUCAGGAAAUAAUGAUCAAAUGAAUAUGGAGGACAGCAUGGCAGAGGAUACUGUUCAAGCAUCCAUGCCUGCAGUUCCAGCAUUUAAUCCACAUCCUGUCGCACCUCCUCAAUCUAGCUUUGUGUUUGGUUCAACGCCUACAUCAACAACAAAUACCUUUAAUUUUGUGGCCCUCCAACAGAUUUUGGGCACAGUACAGAACCCAUUUCAGGCUAAAAACAGUUUAGGAGGGAGCUUCUCAGUGGGUGCUAGUGGCGGGGACAAGUCUGGUCGAAAGAUUGUCAAAGUUAGUCGCAAGCUGCGGAAGAAGUAAAUUUAUCAAUCAUUACAGACAAUUGGUACCCUUGUCAAGUUCUACAGAUGCAAUUAAUGGACAAAUAAUGAUAAUGGUAAGAGGUCAACAGCAAGAGACGGCUGUUUCUGUCGGUCGCCUGGAUUUGAUCGGUGCAGACAAAGGAUUUGAGCUUGGGCAACUGUGCCAUUGAUGGUGUCAAAUGUGAAAGCUUGUGAAAGAAGUUAUCGAGAGAAAACAGAGAAAGCAGAGAAUGGAGAGAAAGCAAAGUGCUCUGUGUAUUGGAUAAUCUCGAAUAAUGAAUACAAGAGGAUGUUUAUGUA